AUGUUACUAACCAAAUUCUCAUUUCUUCUCCUUCUAAUUUUCCUCUUUUCUUCAUUCCAGCACCAUCUAAAUGCUCAAUAUCCAGUUGUUGCUGGAGGAGGUGCAGCCUCUGGUGGAGCCAUUGGCCCAAGUGGAGCCUCCUAUCUAACACAAGGUGGUACACUCGAUAAGUACAAUUCAGAUACGCUCGCCUAUAAGGAUAAGAUUCAAGUCAUGAUGUUUGUGCCAUUUGUGGCUCAAUCAAGUGGAUACAGACAACCUUCCAUGUAUGGUGGUAAUGCUUAUGGUUCCUAUGGAUAUCCAUAUGGUGGAGGAUAUUAUGGAUCGUCACCUUAUUAUUAUCAACCUGGAAGUAAUUAUCAAAGUGUUCAAACACCAGGUGGAGUGGCUUACAGUUCUAAUUAUGGUUAUCCUUCGUAUGGAAAUGUGGCUAAUGGAGGAGCAUACCGUUAUUAG